AUGCACCUUGGAUAUCUCGUCCUCACUGUCUUCCUGGGGCAACGGCUGGGCACCACGGGGCAGAUCACCGUCACCCAGCAAGAAGGACAAGUCACAGUGAAGCAGGGAGACACCUUCCAAACAACCUGCACAUACCAAACCUCCAACUUUGAUGCCCUGAUCUGGUACCAGCAGAGGAAAGGCCAAGGUCCCCAGCUGCUCUCAUAUCAGGCAGCAGCUGGCCGCAAGCCGAGCGGCCGUCUCACCACGUCGCUGAACACCACAGGGAAAUACAGCCUCCUGCAGCUGGAGGAAGUCGAGGUCUCUGACAGUGCCUUGUACCUCUGUGCUGUGCAAGACACCCUGGUGCAGGGAGCUUCCUUGGCUGUGCAAGAACCCAGGGGAGGGAGGGUAUUCCUGCAGGCCUGUCUCUUAGAGUACCUGCUCUGGGAUGUGUCCCUCCGAGCAGAGCUGCAGGAUGGUUCUGGCUCUGCACUUGUAAGAAGUGAGGAUGAAGAGGAAGCAGCCGAGGGUCACAUCCCCAACACUGAAGAUGAUCUCGUCCUUGUUGGCAGAAGUGCCAGCACAAGCCAUGGCCAGCAGGGCUGGCAGAACAGCGAAGAAGUGGCAGAUGUGCCUGGGCCCACGGUAAGCCAAAUGGGAGAAUGGCAGACAAUUCCUGAGCACAAACUCUCGGGGGGCACCAAUGAAGCAGUCUAG